GGAUUACCCAUUUUUGGAGGCAAUAAGAGCAUGAUAGCAAACAGAAUUUCUUAUUGGCUCGGCGUUACUGGACCAUCGUAUAACAUCGAUACUGCAUGUAGCUCGAGUCAUUUCGCUAUGGUGGAAGCUUACAGGAUGAUUCGAUCUGGCAUUUGCGAUGCGGCUAUUGUCGCUAGUGUCAAUUUGUGUCUCCAUCCUAAUGUAACUUACCAGUUUUUUCGUUUGGGAGUUUUAUCUAAUGAUGGCUACUGUAAACCUUUCGAUGAAGAAGGCUCUGGUUACAUGCGUAGUGAUGCAGCUGUAGUAGUAUACCUACAAAAGGCAAAGGAUGCAAGAAGAAUCUAUGCGACCUUUGUCUAUGGUAAAACCAACUGCGAUGGCUUUAAAAAAGAAGGAAUUACCUUUCCAUCAUUUGACAAGCAAAAAAUAUUAUUGGAAGAAUUUUACGAAGAAUGUGAUAUUUCGCCUCUUGAAUUAUCUUACGUGGAGGGUCAUGUAACUGGUACUCCAGCCGGUGAUCCUGUGGAACUUCAAGCCAUCGAUGAAGCUAUAUGCGCUAAAAGACAGCUUCCUCUAUUAAUGGGUUCAGUGAAGUCAAAUAUUGGACAUUCAGAGCCGGUUAGCGGUCAUUGUCAAAUUGCAAAGGUUUUAAUAGCGAUGGAAACUGGUAUAAUGGCUCCUACUAUACAUUUUAAACAUCCACGAAAGAAUUUGACUGCUGUCAUUGAAGGAAGAAUAAAUAUAGUCACUGAACCGACAGAAUAUAAGGGUGGUUAUAUCGGUAUUAAUUCCUUUGGAUUUGGCGGUGCUAAUUGCCACAUAUUACUGAAAUCAAAUCCAACAAUUAAAGUCAAUAAUGGAGGAGACGAUAAUUUACCUAGGCUCGUAGCUAUAUCUGGAUGUACGGAGGAAGCAGUUAAAAUUAUAUUAGAAGACGUACAGAGCCGGCCAAUAGAUGUAGAAUAUAUCUCUUUGCUACAUCAUAUUCAUAGUGACAAUAUAAAAGGGCAUUUCUACAGGGGAUACAUGAUUGCUGGAUCUAACGUAUCCGAUAACGCAAUAAUUAAAAUGAAAAGCAACAUAUGUACGAGAAGACCGAUUUGCUUCAUAUUUUCUGGAAUUGGAUUUCAAUGUCUUAACAUGGGUCGAGCUUUAAUGAAAUUUCCAGCAUUCAUUAAAGCAGUCCAGAAAUGCGACACAAUUUUGAGACCCCACGGUAUAUCGGUGACAGAUAUUCUAACAAAUAAAGACAAAGAUAUUGUCGAUAACGUCGUCAAUUUAUUUGUAGGCCUUAUUGGAUUACAGAUCGGAAUAGUUAAUCUUUUAACAAGCAUUGGUAUCACUCCUGAUAUUAUAAUGGGUCAUUCCAUUGGCGAGUUGAUUUGUGGAUAUGCCGAUGGAUGUUUGACGGCCGAAGAAACAAUCAUGUUGGCAUAUUAUGUCGGCUUAGCAUUUCUUAAGUCAAAAAUAAUAGAUGGUUUAAUGGCUGAAAUUAAUCUCGAUUCCAAAACUAUGAAAAAUAUCUGUCCACCGGAUAUUGAUGUAGCUUGUUACAAUAAUUCACAUAAUUCUGUUGUGAGUGGACCAACGACCUCUGUAAGAGCAUUCCUCGCUAAGUUACAGAAUGACAAUAUUUUCGUAAAAGAAAUUUCUUUCGGACGUAUACCUCUUCAUAGUCGUUACGUCGAACCUGCAAAAGUUAAACUUUUGGAAUACUUGAAUCAAAUAUUGCCACAACAAGUGUCUCCAAGCUCAAAGUGGUUGGGUGUGCCAAAUGAGUCUUAUGAAUGGUUUAACGCAUCUCCAAAAUCAAGUCUAGCAGAAUAUUAUGCAAACUAUUUGCAAGCCCCCGUAUUAUUUUCAGAAACUCUGCGUUUUAUUCCAAAUAACGCAGUGACGAUUGAGAUAGCGCCGCACAACAUUCUACAAUACAUUCUUAAUGAUUCUUUAAAGACAACAGUGACAAAUGUCGCCUUAUACAAAUUCUCUCACAAACCAAAUAUUGAAAUAUUUUUAUACAGUAUCGGAAAACUUUAUAAUGCAGGAUUGCAGCCGCAAAUUGCAAAUUUAUAUCCGGAAGUUAAGUUUCCUGUAACUCGUGGUACACCAAUGAUUUCUCACCUUAUAAGAUGGAAUCAUUCCAAAGAUUGGUAUAUGUAUCGUUAUAUCGGACAAAAAGUAAUUGACAAAGGGGAAGCAAUUGUUACUAUUAAUGUGUUGGAAGAAGAAUUUAAAUAUAUGACUGGACAUGUCAUUGAUGGAAAAAAUUUAUUACCGGCUACAGGAUAUCUUUUACUUAUAUGGCAGAUGAUCGGCUGGUUAAAGAAACAAAAUUAUUGCGAUAUACCAAUUAUAUUUGAAGAUGUCAAUUUUCUACGCUCUACAAUAUUAUCAAAACAAAGUCCAGUCGAUUUAAUUCUUAUGGUGCAAAAAGAUAGUGGCAAAUUCGAGAUAAUCGAAGGAAGCAAUGCUGUCGUUACUGGAACAGUACGAAUUCCAAUUAAUAUUGAAGACGAAAAAAUAUGUACUACAUUUAUUGAUAGAAAUGACAAUGGUGAAGAGGAGAUGAAUACAAAAGAUAUCUAUAAAGAAUUGAAGCUUUGUGGUUAUCAAUAUACUGGCAAAUUUCGUGGAUUAAAAAGCGCGUCAAUUAGGGGAAAGAAUGGUCAUAUUGUCUGGACUGACAACUGGGCAACAUUUAUUGACAACAUGUUACAAAUGAUGAUUUUAGGACUGGAUUCGAGAAGUCUCUCCGUACCAACAAGAAUUCGUAAAGUAGUAAUCGACCCAGGAUUUCAUAUAGAACCAAUUGAAAAGCUUCCAAAUGAAGAAAAUCAAGUCCUUGUACAACAUUAUAAGCAUUUAGAUGCUUUGAUAUCCGGCGGAAUUGAAAUAAGCGGCGUCGUGGCUACAGCUAUAUCUCGCCAACAAAGAGCAAUUCAUCCCGUUCUUGAAGAAUACAAGUUUGUUGCUCAUCGGGAUCUAGAUGUAAUGUCUUUAGAGGACAUAACAAGAAUGUCGGUGCAUAUUGCGCUCGAGUGUUACAAUAUGGUAAACGUAAAAAUCAUCGAAUUUGUGGAGGAUAGCGAUCAAGUGAUGCCGGAAAAUUUAAAUUGUUUAUUUGUGAAUAAAGUACUAGAUGAUUUACCGCAAAUUCAAUCCGAUAUCAAACUGGUAGCAACACACGAGCGGUUAAAAGAUAUCGCUUUGCCUGAUAAUAUUUCUACAAUAGAAUUUGAUAAACUGACAAAAAAUGAAAAUUGUUUGAUGAUUAUAGGUUUCGGAAUUUUAACAAAAAAUAAAAACAAAUUAUAUGAACAAUUAUUAUCUGUCAUGAUGCCAAAAGGAUUUCUUCUAACAUUCGAAGAAUUGGAUGCUAUCUACGACUACUCAUGUCUAGAUAAAUAUGGGUUAAAAGUAAUUUUGGAGAAACGCACCAACGAUAAGACAAUUAUAUUAUUAAGGAAAAUACGCGAUAUUAAUAAGAGGAAUCUACAGAUUGUGCAUGUAAACAAUUAUGAAUUCUCAUGGAUAGACAGGCUUAAAUUAUUCAUGGACAUAGAAAAUGAAACUAAGAGAAUUAUAGUCGUCGCAGAAGGGGACUUCGAAUGCGGACUAAUCGGCCUUGUAAAUUGUUUGCGAAGAGAACCGGGCGGUAAAAUGAUUAGAGGUGUAUUUAUUCAAGAUAAAGAUGUGCCUACUUUUUCAUUGCAAGAGUUGUUGUACAUGAGGCAACUACAGCUUGAUUUACCCAUCAAUGUUAUACGUUCUGGUAGCAUUUGGGGUUCUUACAGGCAUUUUCCAUUACCAUUACGACAACCAAAACUCGUACAGAGUGCUUAUGUUUCUCAAAUGGUGCAAGGUGAUCUCAGCACUUUUUGUUGGGUGCAAAACAGAAUAUCUUUAAUCAACAAUGACGAAGAAAAUCAGAUAAGAAUUGUCUAUGCGUCUAUCAAUUUUAAAGAUAUCAUGAUAGCUAGCGGUAGACUUAUUUCGACUUCUGUCGCGUCUCUCGAACGAAAUAAUAGCAUUUUAAUCGGAAUGGAAUUUGUUGGUUUUAAUAAAAAUGGACAAAGAAUAAUGGGACUGUGUUCAAAUGGUGGAUUUGCAAAUAUUUGCGUAGCUGAUAAAUAUCUCAGUUAGAUCAUACCUGAUGAGUGGACGAUGGAAGACGCCGCCACAGUUCCUUGCGUAUAUAGCACAUGCUAUUAUGCUUUAUAUUUGAGAGGUAAAAUGAAGAAAGGCGACAAAGUGUUAAUUCAUUCUGGUACGGGAGGCGUUGGUCAAGCAGCAAUUCACCUUGCACUUUACGAAGGUUGCGAAGUGUUUACAACGGUUGGGAGUAUCGAGAAACAACACUUUAUAAGAGAAACAUUUCCCUCUAUUUCCGAGGAUCAUAUCGGAAACUCUCGGGACACGAGUUUUGAACAAAUGAUUAUCUAGAAGACGGAAGGUCGCGGAGUAGAUAUCGUAUUGAAUUCUUUAGCUAAAGAAGAACUGCAAGCAUCCAUCCGUUGCUUAGCAAAGGGAGGUCGUUUUCUCGAAAUUGGAAAGUUUGAUAUGAUUUCCAAUAGUCCUUUAGAAAUAUUUGCAUUCUCAAAAGGCAUUAGUUUCCACAGCAUAAUAUUGGAUAAUUCUUUUUAUGCCAGACCAGAAGGUAAGAUAAUAUUGUGGAAUAAAAUAAUAGAAGGUAUAAAAAAAAGGGCUAUCAAACCGUUAUGCAGAAGAGUCUUUGAAAAGGAUGAAAUAGAAACUGCGUUUAGAUAUAUGGCUGCUGGAAAACAUAUUGGCAAAAGAGUAACUAAAAUUGAAAUACUAAAUUCUCAAAAAAAAGCACAGUUUAAAGACGAACUUUUGGAUGCGCCUAUACUUGCACAUCCCCGGUACUACUGCCUGGAACAUAAAUGCUACAUCGUUUUAGGUGGUCUAGGUGGUUUUGGUCUAGAAUUAAUUAAUUGGUUGAUUUUACGUGGUGCAAAAAAUCUUGUAGUGACCUCGCGAACUGGAAUAAGGAACGGGUAUCAGCGAUCAAGAGUAACAUUAUGGCAAUCUUACGGUGUAAAUGUACAAAUCGUUACAGCUAUUGAUACUUCGAGAUAUAAAGACUGCGAAUCUAUAUUAAAAUUUGCCGAAGAACAAGGUCCUGUGGAUGUUAUAUUCAAUCUCGCAGUUGUGUUGAAAGAUGGCAUAUUCAAGAAUCAGUCCCCACAAACAUUCGAAGAAUCUUUCGUGUCAAAGGCAUGGACGACAAAAAAGAUGGACGAAUUAUCGAGAACAAUUUGCACUCAACUUCAACAUUUUGUCGUUUUUUCUUCCGUUUCAUGCGGAAGAGGUAACGCAGGCCAAACAAGUUACGGAAUGGCAAAUUCCGUAAUGGAAAAAAUUUGUGAAAGAAGAAUGAAAGAAGGUUUACAUAGUUUGGCUAUACAGUGGGGCGCAAUUGGUGAAGUUGGGCUUGUCGCAGAUAUGCAAGAAAAUGACGAAGAACUUGUUAUUGUAGGUACAUUGCAACAAAGAAUAUCCUCUUGUUUAGACACAUUAGAAAUAUUUUUACUACAAGAUCGGCCAAUCGUAAGUAGCAUGGUUGUUGCUGAGAAAAAAAAUUCUAGCCAAGCAAUGAAUCCACUUGAAGCGGUUGCAAAUAUUAUGGGAUUGAAAAAUAUGAACACAGUGGCGCCAAAUAUAUUACUGGCUGCGCUAGGCAUGGAUUCAAUGAUGGCAGUAGAAAUUAAACAGACAUUGGAGAGAGAAUUUGAUAUUUUAUUGACAGAACAAGAUGUUCAAAAUCUCAGUUUUGCUGCACUUAGAAAAAUGACAAAUGCAACCGAGAAAGAAAAGACGUACGAUGCUACUGAAGUUGCUACAAAUAAUUUGGACGGUUUCGAAAUAUUGACACGAAAACUUAAGGAUUCUGAUUUGAGUCCAGAUAUUUAUGUAGAACUCGAUACAAAAAGGGAAGUUGCUGAAAACAUAAUAUUCCUUAUACCAGGGAUCGACGGAUCUGCAAGCAUAUAUAAACUUAUAGAAUCGAAUAUUAAAUCUUCGGCGAUAUGUAUGCAACACGGUGCACUUAAUAUGCCGGAUUUUACUUGUUCAAUAAUGGAAUCAGCAGCAUAUCUUCUGCCUUACAUAAUGGAGAAAAUGGAAGAUCAAAAAGAAUUUGUAAUAGUGGGUUAUUCAUUUGGAUCCUUAAUUGCUAUUGAGUUAGCAAGAUUAUUAGAAGCUAAGAAUUUCGUUGGACGGUUAUUACUUAUAGAUGGAGCUCCUGACUGGAUGAAAUUUUUGAUUGAAUUUCAUAAUUAUACUUCACCACAAGAACUACAAAAUGACAUCCUACUUCGUUUCAUGAAAACGUAUCUCGAAUCUGACAAUGAAAUGUCUGCAUUAGAGCUGAAUAAGUGCAGUACAUGGGAGGAAAAAUUAGAACUAUUUACUGCUCACUUUUCGGAGAAGAUCGAUGUAUUAAGUGUUGAAAAUCAAAAAUUCUUUUGUACAACAGUUUACGAUCGUCUAAUAUCUGUACAAGAUUAUGAUAUAUCUUUAUUGCCACCUUUAAAAUCAUCUAUAAUACUGUUAAAACCCACACUUACGCCAAUCACUUUUCCUGAGGAGGAUUAUGGUUUACAUAAGGUUACUGAAAGUGCAGUGAAAAUACAUUACGUACAAGGUUCUCAUAUCACAAUGAUGGACAAAAUAGCACCAUUUAUUAACGAAGAAUUCUAAAAUGAAUAACUUUAUAUAAGUUUAAAAUAACUUUAUAUAAUAAAUAACUUUAUUUAAUAUCAAAUAUAUAUAAAUCUAAUUUUUAUUUUGUC